AUGGUUUCAAGAAGAACUAGAUUUUUUUGUUUGGUUUUUUUAGUUUCAUCAUGUUUUUUUAAUUUGUCUAAUUCAGAUGAAUUAAAAGUUAUGGUGAAAGGAGUUACAUCUAUAGCCCAAACAGAUGAUAAUUUCAUAUGUGCAACUCUAGAUUGGUGGCCAGAAAAUAAAUGUGAUUAUAAGCAAUGUCCGUGGGGAAAAGCUGGUCUUCUUAAUCUGGACUUGAAAAACAGGAUUCUUGCAAACGCUGUUAAAGCAUUCAAUCCACUAAGACUCAGAAUAGGAGGUUCAUUACAAGAUCAAGUUUACUACAAAGUUGGAAAUUACCCCAAAAAUUGCUCAAAUUUUGAGAAAAAAUCUGAUGGACUUUUUGGAUUUAGUGAUGGCUGUCUUCACAUGAAUAGAUGGGAUGAAUUGCAUGACAUGUUCAACAAAACAGGGGCUGCAAUAACAUUUUCAUUCAAUGCUUUAAUUGGAAGAAUACCAUCAGAUGAAAAUAAUACAACUCUUUGGGUUGGAGAUUGGAAUCAUUACAAUGCAAAAUCAUUGAUGAAAUACACUAUCAAUAAGGGAUACAAAAUUGACUCAUAUGAGUUAGGUAAUGAGCUUUGUGGAAGUGGAGUUGCUGCAAAAAUAAAGGCUCAUCAAUAUGGUAAUGAUGUUAAGAAAUUGAAGAAACUUGUCACACAUAUGUAUCCUAAUCCUGCUAAUAGACCAAAAAUCUUGGCCCCUAGUGGAUUUUAUGAUCAAAAAUGGUUCCAAGAGUUCCUUCAAACAACCGGUCCGGGCGUAGUUGAUGGAUUGACACAUCAUAUUUACAACCUUGGAGCAGGUGUUGAUCCAACUUUGAUUGACAAACUUCAGAAUCCAUUUUACUUGAGUCAAAUAGCUCAAACUUUUAAGAAUGUUGAAAAUGAUGCUAAGUUGUUUUCACCAUCAUCUGGACCUUGGGUUGGUGAAUCUGGUGGAGCUUAUAAUAGUGGUGGCAAAACCACUUCACACACCUUCGUUAACGGUUUCUGGUACUUGGAUCAAUUGGGAAUGACAUCAACUUUCAACCAUAAGGUAUACUGCAGACAAUCUUUAAUAGGAGGAAACUAUGGUCUUCUCAACACAACAAGUUUCAUCCCAAAUCCAGAUUACUAUGGUGCUCUUCUAUGGCAUAAGCUUAUGGGAAAGAAUGUGCUUUCUAUUACUCAUGAAGGCUCUCCUUACAUCCGCACUUACGCACAUUGCUCAAAGACAAGUGGUAUUACAGUUCUACUAAUCAACAUGGAUAAGUCAACUACCUUUGAUGUCUCUGUUGUCAAUGACUUGAAUAUGUACGCUGAAAGUGUUGCGUCUGUUGAGUAUAUAAAUCCAAAUCCUGAUAGUGUUGAGUCUAUACAUCCAAGAGAAGAGUACCAUUUGACUCCAAAAGAUGGAAACAUUCAGAGUGAUGUCUUGUUGCUAAAUGGAACUCCAUUGAAGCUCACUUCCUCAUUGGACAUCCCGGUACUGAAGCCUAAGCUCGUUGAUCCAACGUUGCCCAUCAGUGUUGCUCCUCAAUCUAUCGUCUUUGCUACCCUGAGAGGGUUCCAGGCUCCUGCUUGUGCAUAG